UCUGGACCACUGGAGGGCACUGUGGUUCUGUCGAGUCAACCUUCACAACUUCAGCCACGCGCUUCCAAAGCUUCAAUGAAGAGUCUCGUUUGUAUAGCCUACUGAAGGAAGCCGCCACACAACUUCGGAAACAAACUUCGGUUUAAAAAAAAUUUGCUCUUAAAGCACAGAUGUAAUCUCAACAGCAUAAGUGAGUACGAGAGGCUUACAGACGGAGUAUGUCUGUGUUACAUGCGUGUGGGUCCCGAGAGAUGUCAAAGAUGCAAAUGCACAAAUCAGAGCCCAUCUGCACCAAGGCAUUGUCUUCAUUCUGCUGUAAAGAUGAGUUCUUGGCUGCUUGCUGUGUCAUGGCAUUUCAACACCAUCAGAAAAUCAUUACAGAUCAGAGUGGAACAGGAAGAUAGACAUAGUAAUGCAGCACCUCCUCGUGGUCUUCAUGAUUUUCAUGAUCUUCUGAUGCAUGCUUCUCCAGGUUCAAAAUGUUCCAUUCCGAAGGCUGUUGUUGUGUUCAGAGUGUGUGAGAGAAUGUGCUCUGUGUCUUGGCCUCUCCCUUCAGCGAGCCCAAACCUGUCUCUCCCUCUGUGCCUGCAGGUCAUACAGAUUAUGAAUCUGCGUGAGGAGUUUGCAGAGCUGUCUGAGCAUGCAGUGACCACCCAUUCUUUCUCUCUGUCUGUUCUCGACCCUAAGGAACUCUACACCAGAGGGGGAGGUUUGAAAUCCUGUCAGAUAAAAUCUCUAUUGCAGUUGCUCUCUCAGGCAUCGCAUCUUAUGUUUGAAUGCAUCGACGCAGUCCCCUCCUGCACCGGUCCCAUGGCGGAUCUCAUUCUUGUUGACCUUCGGUGGGAGAUGCCCUCUGUCCUUCUGCCGGAGAGUGAGGUAGGAGAAGUCGAGGAAUUGGAGGGAGGGAUGCAUAAUCUGCAGGUCUCAGGGGACGUUCUGCAGGUGUGCUCAUCUGCUGGUUUCGAGAAAGAGAGAGAGAGUGACAGAGAGACCCAAUUUUCCCCUCUCCUUCAGUGAAGGGCAGCCAAGAAGUCUCCAGAACAAGCGCAGGGGGUGGAAAUAUGGAUUGGCUCAGGUUGUAGAGUCAACAAUCGCAUGUCAUUUUCACCAUAUCCUACAUCGAGAUCCAUUCCAUGUAACACCUGAGACUUCAUCAGUAUCUGUUUUGAUUGAAAAGAUGGCCCUUUUGGGUGUUAAUGUUUCUAUCCAGGACAGUGUGUCAUCCACAAAACCCUUGAAGCACCGUUAAGUGUCACGACCUGCAGCAUGUAGCCAAGACCCAUGCAGAUGGCCAGAAAAUAGAGCAAAACUCACAAACAUUUGAUGAGAGGACAAAAAGUGCAAAGCAUGCAGAGCACUUGCAUCUGACCUUUGACCUCACAACUCAAACAGAAAGCAAUGGCUGUCAGAUGUAUGAGGACUACGCCGGCUCAAACACCUGUCAGCUAGAGGAAGGCGGUCGUGAGUGAUCAUCUCUGGUCACACGUAUUGCCUCUGCAACACUCCAGACAGCUUAAUCAGCAGAAUCUUGAAGGCAGGAAUUCAUCACUCAUUACUUUGCUGGCUAUCAGCAAUUAGCAGUGGGAGGUAGAUGAUCCUGCUUCUAGAGGCCAGGAUCAAUCCGUCCAUCUGUGCUCCACUACCAGGGGCAAGUGCAGCCUCACGUUCGCUGCAUGAUGGAUGCAUGGAAUGGCACUGUGUUACUGGUAAUGUGGCGUGAUAAAUAUUGUGACUGGAAUAUUGUUUGUGAAUUUGCAGAAAACAUGGUUGAUUAAUUAUUUGAGGUGUAUUUCACUGGCUAGAUGUGAAUAUUUAACGCAUUUUACCACAUUUAAAUAGUGGCAUAGAGAAAUUUUAGUGCAAAAUCGCAUUUAGAAAUGUAAAUGAAUCAAAAUUUACCGUAAAAACAUUUUAUAAUGUUACAAAAAAAAAAAUAAUUUAAAAUAAUUGCUAUUUAUUUUUUACUUGAACCUGGAAAUAACAAAAGUACAAAAGUAUUAAGCAUCACAACUGUUGUCAAUAUUGGAAAUAAUAAGAAAUGUUUCUUGAACACCAAAUCAGCAUAUUAAAAUGAUUUCUGAAGGAUCACGUGACACUAAAAACUAACAGGAAUAAAUUACUAUUAUAAUUUUGAAUAUAUUUACAUAGAAAAGGUUAUUUUCAAUAAUAUUUAUUUCACAAUAUUACUGUUUUUACUGUAUUUUUGAUCAAAUAAAUCUUUUUAAAGAAGAUAAGCAUAAGAGACUUUCAAAAAAAAAAAAACCGCACAAAGAAAAAAAUAUAUAAACACACAAAGACCCCAAACUUUUUAACAGAAGUGUGUCCGUAUACAUGCAUACAUAUAUAUAUCCAACAACAACAAAAUAAAAAACAUAAUAACACUAUGGUGUUUUUUGGUACUUUUGUGUUAGUAACACUUUGCUCUUGAAUUUAAUU